UACAAGAGAUGAAAUCUAAGCGUCAAGCACCAGCUUGAUAUGCUGCCAACUGUCCAAGAAAGGGUAUUUUGGUGAUUAUGAAAGAAAGCUCGAUACAUUUCGGACAGAAAGUCACGUUCUAAAGCUUUUUAAAAGUCGCUAAUAGCGCGGGAGCAUGUUUUCUGGAAAAAUAAGAACCUUUCUUCGCGGGAAAGAAAUAUUAAAUUCCAGAAGGAUUUCAUUUAGUAGAGAAUCGAGAUUGAAACUUCUUACUUCUAAAUUGGAGAAAAUCAAAGAAAUGCGACUCUAUUUUGGAGAAAUUUUAUCUUCCGGAGCAAAGCAACGGCUGUUCUCUGUACUGGUUUUGGUUAUAUGGGUUAUAUUUUACUUCUUUCAUGGAGUUCUAGCUGAUGAUCAAGCAUGCGCUGUCCCGUUCUUUUUCUUCGAUCGCUGCAUCAUCGAGAAGUCCCACGCCUUCUUUAUUCAGGGCAGCUGUUACUCUCCGUAGAGAUAUCCACCACGAUGAUCGUUUUCUUCCAUCAACGAUGGACGCCCGCUCGUUACUGCAAACCCAAGGGCAUCUUUUGGUCAUGGGGAUACAACCUGACGAUGCCCUUCUCAGAAAGUUGGUCAAUGUGUAUUCCUCGUGCCGGGAUUUGGUUUCGGCACGCCAUGCGUUUGAUUCUUCGCCGAAUCCGAGUGUUUUUCUGUACAAUUCGAUGGUUAGAGCGUACACGAGAGGGAACCAUAAUAUGGAAGCAUUGGAGUUGUAUCAACAAAUGGCAUUGAGUGGCGCUGUUGAGCCUGAUAAGUAUACCUUUACGUUCAUUUUGAAGGCGUGUGCUGCAGUUGGCGACAGAAACAUGGGCUGCUUGCUUCAUCAAGAGGUUCUGAGAAGAGGGUUGGAUUCUGACGUGUUCAUAGCGACCGCUAUGGUGGACAUGUAUUGCAGAUUUGGCAUGAUCAGCGUUGCACGUCAAGUGUUUGAUAAGAUGCCUGAAAGAGACAUCGUUGCCUGGAAUGCGAUGAUUGGCGGUUUUGCUCAGGGUGGCAAUCCUGGAGAAUCUCUGAUUCUGUUCAGAAAGAUGCAGUUUGCAAAUGUGGAACCCAAUUCUGUGAGCUUGUUAAAUUUGUUUCCUGCCAUUUCCGUUAUUUCAUCUCUGCGAUUGUGCAGGUCUUUGCACGCUUUUGUAGCCAAGAGAGUAUUUCCAUUGCCUGUUUUUAAUGGUUUGAUCGAUAUGUAUUCAAAGUGCGGAAGCGUGGAGGUUGCUCGUAAAGUCUUUGAUCAAAUGCCCAUCAAGGAUGGUGUUUCCUGGGGUUCAAUGAUUGCCGGUUAUGCACAGAAUGGGUACUCCAUGGAGGCACUGCAGAUGUUUGAUAAAUUGAUGGUAAAUGUUUUAGAAGUAAAUCAGGUGCCAAUUAUAGGUGCUUUGAUAGCCGCAGCCGAUGUGGCAGAUCUACGGAGAGGCUGUGUUAUUCAUGGCCAUGUGAUUAAGAGAGGCAUAUUUUCUGAUAUUACUGUUGCAACAGCUCUAAUGACUAUGUAUGCAAAAUGUGAAUGCAUGGAUAAAUCGCAAGAAUUAUUUGAUGACAUUCACAACAAGGACAUAGUUGCCUGGUCUGCCAUGGUGGCACUUUUAGUUCAGACUGGGCGUCCUAGAGAAGCGUUAGCUCUAUUCAGAAGCAUUCCACUCGAGAACGUUAAGCCAAACAGGGUGACCAUUAUAAGUGUUCUUCCUGCAUGUGGAGAUUUGUCAGAUCUGAAAUUAGGGAAAAGCUUCCACUGUGUUAUUUUGAGGUCUAAGAUUGAGUUAGAUAAUUCGGUAGGCACAGCACUAGUAUCAAUGUACGCAAAGUGCGGAUGUUUUGGUCUUGCUCAUGCUCUAUUUGACAGGUUGCCAGAAAAGGAUACUGUGACAUGGAAUGCUAUUAUCAAUGGUUAUGCCCAGUUUGGCAAUGGGUGCAACGCACUAAGAAUGUUCUACGAGUUGCAGUCUGCUGGGGUUCAACCAGAUCCAGGAACCAUGGUUGGUGUUCUACCAGCCUGUGUACAACUGGGAGACCAUGAACAAGGGGAGUGUUUUCAUGGAUACAUUUGCAAAGUUGGAUUUGACGCAGAUCUUCAUGUAAAAAAUGCACUUAUUGAUAUGUAUGCUAAGUGUGGCUGCCUAAGAUCCGCAGAAGUUAUAUUUGAUCCAAAUUCAGCUAAGGAUGAAAUCUCAUGGAAUACCAUGAUUGCAGGAUACACACAGAAUGGGUACGCAAGGGAAGCAUUAUCCAUUUUCUGUCGAAUGAGGGCAGAAAACAUAGAACCGAAUCUAGUGACGAUAAUCAGCAUUGUUCCUGCAGCAGCAUACUUGGCAACCCUGAAAGAAGGAAUGGCACUUCAUUCUUACAUCAUUAAAAUUGGCAUUGAAACGGAAGUGCUCGUAGGAAACAGUCUAAUAGAUAUGUAUGCAAAAUGCGGCCGCUUGGAUCUCUCAAAUGAGUUUUUCAAUAGAAUGAACAAUAGGGAUAUAGUGUCAUGGAAUGCAAUGCUUGCAGGAUACGCAAUACAUGGGCAUGGAAAAGACGCUAUUUGUAUCUUCUCACAAAUGCAACAGCAGCAACUGAAGGUAGACGAAGUAUCCUUUCUAUCAGUGUUGUCUGCCUGUAGACAUGGAGGGUUAGUUGAUGAAGGAAAGAAGAUCUUCGAUUUGAUGAGGGAAAGAAAUGAUUUUCAACCAUAUUUGGAGCACUAUGCAUGCAUGGUCGAUCUCUUGGGUCGUGCUGGUCAACUUGAGGAAGCUUGGAGCCUACUCCAAGGCAUGCCAAGGGAACCUGAUGCUGGUGUGUGGGGUGCACUCUUGGGUGCUUGCAGAAUGCACUCCAAUGUAGACAUGGCAGAGAAAGCACUUAACAAGCUUGUGGAAUUGGAACCAGACAAUUCAGCACACUAUGUGGUUCUUUCUAAUAUUUAUGCCAAAGUGGGCAGGUGGGGUGACGCAGAGAGGAUGAGAAGGCUGAUGAGCAGCAACUCUGUGAAGAAGACGCCAGGAUGCACUUGGAUUCAGGUAAAGGGUGGACUUCAUGUCUUUAGGGUAGGUGACAGGUCUCAUCCAGAUUUUGCACGCAUAUGUGCAAUGUGGGAAAACUUGCACCAGAAAAUGCUAAAGGCAGGUUAUGUGCCAGACACCGGUGCUGUUCUUCGAGAUGUAGAAGAAGAGGAGAAGGAAAUGUUUUUGUGCAGUCACAGUGAGAGACUAGCAAUUGCCUUUGGACUUUUGAAUACAGAGCCAGGAAUUACGAUCCAAAUUGUAAAGAACUUGCGGGUUUGCAAUGACUGUCACACGGCGACUAAGUUCGUCUCAAAAAUCACAAACCGUACGAUAAUCGUCCGUGACAUGAGCCGCUUUCACCACUUCGACAAGGGACUGUGCUCAUGCAAGGAUUACUGGUGAUCCUAUUUUUUCCUCAUUUGUCGAUAAGCAAAGUGGGUAAUGUUCUGAAUGUUACUGUAACUAGAUUAGCAAAGGGCGCAUAUAAGUGUUGAAAGAGAAAGCGGUUCAGAGGGAAUCGAGUGCAAGCGCGCGAGUAAGAGAUUGGGAGGUAAAUUUUUGAAAGGAAUUUGUCUUUAGCGACAGGAAAGCGGUACCUGUGGCAAAAAUAGCAUUUCACACCCGUUUGAUUUCAGAUUUAGAUUGUUGAAGUUGAAAUCUGACAAGAACCCGCGCAACUGGU